GGUACACUUGGUGAGGUUUAGACAAAAAAAAUGGUAGUCAGUGUUUUGAUCUAGCGGUUUUGUAAGUUGAGAUGUGUUUUUAUGUGCUUUGCAAUAAAAUACUUUAGAAGUUGACAAUGGCAUUGCUUUUAAAAACCUGGUUCAAUAAUCAGGGGAGGCGUUGUUUCAUGGAAGUCAGUCAUUCGAAAUGCACAUGCGUUUUAAAUACCAAAUAUCUCAGCAAUAGAAUUAAGAUUACUACAUAUUUCAGGGAGAGAUACUUUUCAACCAAACAGGAUGAAACAAUUUCUCCUGCCACGGAAGUCUACACCGGAAUUUUGACCCGGCAGAUCCGCAAUAUAAAGUUAUUUUCUCUCUGUACAUCUUGUAUGGGUGUAAUGGCACAGCCAAUAAUUUAUGAAAAAAUGGCACAAACCAACAGUUUAGGAACACUUGUAGGCAUCUCAGUAUUUUUUGGACUUUUUACAAUCGCCACACCUCUGCUUCUCCACAUGAUAACAAAAAAGUACAUCACGAGUAUAAAGUACUUACCAGAAGAAGAUAAAUAUGUUGCCACAACUUACACGAUAUUCUUACGAGAUAAACAGAUCGAAUUCCAGCCAAAAGACGUGUUUGUGCCCGAAGUACCAGGGAUGUUCACUUCAUGUUUAAUAAAAAAGGCUCCCUUAUUUUUCACUCCCGAUUCGUUCAAUGAUCUGAGUCACUAUAAGCGAAUCAUGGGAUACGACAAACCUAUAGACUUUAAACUCGGUAUUCCAGAAGAUGUCGUGCCUCAAAAAGUAAACGAAACUAGUAAAUAAUAAAAGUAGAACACAAUAAAGAAUUGAUUUGAAAGUU